AAGCAGUAAGAUGAAAACAAGCUAGUUUUCAUUCGGUAUCCUUACAAAAAACGAAACUCUUUUUGAGUAACUAAAAGUGAAAAUUUUAAUUGUUUGAGUUCCGAUUUAUAGAAUCAGUAGCAAAAAUUCAAUUCUGUUUGUUGUGAAAGUAUUUAGAAUCGGAAGUUUAAAUUUUAGUGAGAUUUUCAAUUAAACUGUGUCAAUUGCAAGAAAAACAGACCGCGUAAAUUUAUUAAAAUGCCGCAGGUUAUUGAAGUGUACACACCAUUCCCGACCACCAUCGGAUGCACUCCAAAGCUGAAGACGGUCCCGAAGGCGGUUAACGCCAUCCGGGGAGUCCCGCUAAGCAACGGGGAGCUCGCGCAGCUGUCGGCCAAGAUUCGAGCAUUCUUGGAGGAAUCAGUUGCUCUGUGUCAACCCGACCGUAUUCACAUCGUUGAUGGAGGUGAAAAGGAGAGUGCGCUCCUACUGAAGGUGUUGCAGGCUCAAGGAACGAUCCAGCCGCUGCCAAAGUAUGACAACUGCUGGCUGGCUCGUACCAAUCCGGCUGAUGUGGCACGUGUUGAGUCCAAGACCUUUAUCUGUACCGACAAGCAGGAGCAGGCAAUUCCCACCCCGAAAGCUGGCGUCAAGGGAACUCUUGGCAAUUGGAUCUCUCCGGAGGACUACGAGACGGCUAUUCGCCUUCGAUUCCCCGGUUGCAUGAAGGGUCGCACUAUGUAUGUGGUUCCGUUUUCUAUGGGUCCGAUCGCAUCACCUCUGUCCAAGUUCGGUAUUGAAAUAACCGAUUCUGCAUAUGUCGUCUGUUCCAUGCGCAUCAUGACUCGUAUGGGGUUGGAAAUACUGGAGAAGCUUGCUGAUAACUCGGACUUUAUCAAAUGCCUUCAUUCCGUGGGAACUCCAGCCAAUGGAAAAAUCAGUAUGCCUUCAUGGCCUUGUGAUCCAGAGCGUACGAUUAUCUUACACAAACCGGCAAACAACGAAAUCGUGUCGUACGGGUCUGGUUAUGGUGGUAAUUCGUUACUGGGAAAAAAAUGUUUUGCUUUGCGCAUUGGAAGCACCAUCGCUCAACGUGAAGGCUGGCUGGCUGAGCAUAUGUUGAUCCUAGGCAUCACCGAUCCGGACGGCGUCAAAAAGUACAUUGCUGCCGCUUUCCCAUCGGCAUGUGGUAAAACCAAUUUGGCCAUGAUGAACCCUUCGUUGCCGGGUUACAAAAUGGAGUGCGUUGGCGAUGACAUCGCCUGGAUGAAGUUCGAUUCGAAAGGUCAACUGCGAGCUAUCAAUCCGGAAAACGGUUUCUUCGGAGUCGCUCCCGGAACCUCCUCGGAGACUAAUCCGAACGCAAUGAAAACAGUAUACAAAAACACAAUCUUCACUAAUGUUGCCGCCACUUCGGAUGGAGGCGUCUUCUGGGAGGGAAUGGAGAAUGAAUUAACUCCCGGAGUGGAAAUCACCGAUUGGCUAGGCCAACCGUGGAAGAUGGGUGAGUCCAAAACCCCUGCAGCUCAUCCGAAUUCUCGCUUUUGCGCACCAGCUGGCCAGUGUCCUAUUAUUGACCCGGCUUGGGAGGAUAAUGAAGGAGUGCCAAUCUCUGCUAUCCUGUUUGGCGGACGCCGUCCGCAAGGUGUUCCACUUGUGUAUGAAGCCAAUUCGUGGGCUCAUGGAGUCUUCGUCGGAUCGGCUAUGCGUAGUGAGACAACGGCCGCGGCAGAACACAAGGGUAAAAUGAUCAUGAAUGAUCCGUUCGCCAUGCGCCCAUUUUUCGGCUACAACUUCGGCAAUUACUUGAAACAUUGGCUUAGUAUGGAAAAACGUGCCCUCGCAGCUGGUGGACAGGUUCCGAAGAUCUUCCACGUCAACUGGUUCCGCAAGAACGCAGAUGGCAAGUUCCUAUGGCCAGGCUUUGGUGAGAAUAGCCGUGUGAUGGAGUGGAUUCUUCAGCGUAUUGAUGAUCGCGAGUGCUAUCGGGAAACACCGAUUGGUCGAGUGCCUAAGGACGGAGCAUUGAAUCUGCACGGUUUACAGAGUUCCAUUGACGAAAAGGAGCUGUUUUCGAUACCCAAGCAGUUCUGGCUGAAGGAGGUCGAAGAGAUUAAGCAGUACUAUGACAAUCAGCUGCCGCAGGAUCUGCCGGUGGAAAUAGCCAAAGAGCUGCAUAAGCUCAAAGCACGCCUUGAGCGAAUGUAGACUAGCAUGUAAGCCUAAAAAAUAACGAUCGUAUUACACUUAAUUAAUUUAAUUUAUUCUGAUUAACUCGUGAUAAGUUGAUAAACUGCAUUUAAUAGAUGAUAAGUUCUGUUGUAAAGAACA